GUGUGCGCGUGUACCGGUGCGUAAGGAGGGCACUUGGGCGGAGAGGGACGCGAAGCAUCGCGCCUCAGAGUUCAACGCAGUCUGAAGCUUUACAUUACAUGUACGCACUCCGCACAACUAACUCCAGAGUACAGGCUCGCGCAAACUUUCCCCGCGUUGAGAAUGGCAGAGCAAUCGAACAGCGAUGGAGAGGAGGGGAGCGCACCCAUGAGGGGCUUUGCCCGACAAGGUGCUCUGAGACAGAAGAACGUUCACGAAGUUAAGGACCACAAGUUUAUCGCUCGCUUCUUCAAGCAGCCUACUUUCUGCAGCCACUGCACGGACUUUAUCUGGGGUUUUGGGAAACAAGGAUUUCAGUGUCAAGUCUGCUGCUUUGUGGUGCACAAGCGUUGCCAUGAAUUCGUCACCUUCUCCUGCCCCGGAGCAGAUAAGGGUCCUGCAUCAGAUGACCCGCGCAGUAAGCACAAGUUCAAGGUCCACACGUACUCCAGCCCCACCUUCUGUGACCACUGCGGCUCUCUGCUCUAUGGACUCAUCCACCAGGGCAUGAGAUGUGACCACUGCAUGAUGAACAUCCAUAAGCGCUGUGUGGCCAAUGUGCCGAGUCUGUGUGGGACUGACCACACUGAGAGGAGGGGCCGCAUCCAAAUCACUGCAGAGAUCAAGAACAAUGUGCUCACCGUCAGCAUUAAAGAGGCGAAGAACCUGGUGCCCAUGGACCCUAAUGGACUCUCUGACCCCUACGUCAAACUAAAACUCAUCCCUGACCCCAAGAGCGAGAGCAAACAGAAGACCAAGACCAUCAAGUGCUGCCUGAAUCCCACAUGGAACGAGACCUUCACAUUCAAUCUGAAGGAGUCUGACAAGGACCGCAGGCUGUCUGUGGAGAUCUGGGACUGGGACUUGACCAGCCGGAACGACUUUAUGGGCUCUCUGUCUUUCGGCAUCUCGGAGCUUCAGAAGCAAGGGGUGGACGGAUGGUUUAAGCUGCUCAGUCAGGAAGAGGGCGAGUACUUCAACGUACCUGUCCCACCUGAAGGAGAAGAAGGCAAUGAGGAACUCCGGCAGAAGUUUGAGAGAGCUAAAAUUGGUCCCAGCAAAACAGACGGCUCUUCCUCCAACGCCAUCUCCAAAUUCGACAGCAAUGGCAACCGGGACCGCAUGAAACUGUCCGACUUCAAUUUUCUCAUGGUGUUGGGCAAGGGUAGCUUUGGAAAGGUGAUGCUGGCCGAGAGAAAGGGAGGUGAUGAGCUGUUUGCCGUAAAGAUCCUGAAGAAGGACGUGGUGAUCCAGGAUGAUGAUGUUGAAUGCACUAUGGUGGAGAAGAGAGUGUUGGCCUUGUCAGGAAAACCCCCCUUCCUCACUCACCUGCACUCCUGCUUUCAGACCAUGGACCGCCUGUACUUUGUCAUGGAAUACAUCAGUGGUGGGGAUCUCAUGUAUCAUAUCCAGCAGGUCGGCAAGUUUAAGGAACCCCAUGCUGUGUUUUAUGCUGCAGAAAUCGCCAUAGGCCUGUUUUUCCUGCAUGUGAAGGGUAUUAUAUACAGAGAUCUAAAGUUGGAUAAUGUCAUGUUGGACAUGGAGGGUCAUAUCAAAAUUGCUGACUUUGGAAUGUGCAAGGAGAACAUGCUUGAUGGAGUCACCACCAAGACCUUUUGUGGGACACCUGACUACAUCGCCCCUGAGAUCAUCGCUUACCAGCCUUAUGGAAAGUCAGUGGACUGGUGGGCUUUUGGAGUUCUGCUCUAUGAGAUGCUGGCUGGGCAGCCCCCAUUUGAUGGUGAGGAUGAGGAUGAGCUGUUUCAGUCCAUCAUGGAGCAUCAUGUGUCCUAUCCCAAAUCCAUGUCCAAAGAAGCUGUGGCCAUCUGCAAAGGGCUGAUGACCAAACACCCAGGCAAGCGUCUGGGCUGCGGUCCUGAGGGUGAGCGGGACAUCAGGGAACACGGCUUUUUCCGUUACAUGGAUUGGGAAAAGUUGGAGAACAAGGAAGUUCAGCCACCGUUUAAACCAAAAGCCUGUGGCCGGGAUGCAGAGAACUUUGACCGCUUUUUCACCCGCCAUCCACCGGUUCUCACCCCUCCAGACCAGGAGGUCAUCAUGAACCUCGACCAAGACGAGUUCGAGGGCUUUUCCUUCAUAAACCCCGAAUACCCUGCCAUGGAAGCCCAGAGUUAAGGGCGACCUCCUAAAACUAACCCAGCCCUCCAUCAAACCCCCUCUUCAUCAAACCUCCUUACGUUUAUGUAUCAUACACUCCAUAAAACGGGCACGUGUAUGUACAUAAACAGCCAUGCACAGAAUCUAAACCAUCUAUAUACAUAUGCAUGCGAAACUUCGAUAUUCGUAGAUUAGCCUGAAGGUCGUUGUCGGCUUUCACGACAUCCCAUUGAGUGUGUCCAUGCUGGAGGAACGUUCGAAUCUAAAGGCUGUCUUUAUACUAUUUGUACUCUACAGCUUUCCUGAAUGUGGUGUGUAUUGCAUAGCUCUCUUCUAAACUAUCCUCAGAUGUGUGUGUUUCGGGCACCGCCAGUGUUCCGAUUCAGCCAUUUGCACUAAAGGUGCAUGAAUCGCAUAUGAGAUGCACAAUGGCUAGCCUCGCUCUCCUUAUCCAGCCUGUGACAGUGAUAUUCUGCUGAUUUUUAUACUCAAACCAUUUUGCCUGUUUCAAAAAGAAUGCAAACUCAAAAGGUUUUUGCAUGACGAUUUUGUUUUGCCCGAACUUUUAUGAUACAUAUGUCGUUAGUUAGCUCUGUAGUGAACCCUAGUCUUGCUUUAAUCUCUGACUUGCAUUGUACAGACAAGUACAUAACAGAAAUUGACCAAAGUUUUUCUUUUUCUUUUUUUGGAAGCAUGAGUAAAUCUGACUUUUUUAGGAUGCCUGUAUCCUGUUUGCGUGUAUGUAUGGGCCAAUAGAGCUUAAUGGAUGUGCCUGAUUGUGGUAGUGAUCUGCUUUUUUUUGCCUGAUCAUCUCACACCAUCAGCAAACACUCACCCAUGUACAAGAAGCAUGACUCCUGUGAUGGUUCCCGUUGGCUCUUCCUUGUUUAACACUUGACUUCUGCUUGAAGGUCAGCCGGAUUUUAUCGAGAGGUAUUUGACAGGCACAUUAAAUAUCAACUACCUCCUGCUUGAGACAAUUACAGAUUGAGACAGGACGAGAGAACAAGUGCUAAUAUCAGAAACGAGCUAGCGCUGUAGCCAAUAACCAUGUAUUACUGACCCCUAUGUUAGAUAUGCAUGUUUUAAUGGGUACGAUCAGGAAGCAUUUUUCAACAUCAUUGGGGUUUACGAUGACAAAGAGAUGAGUAGUCACCCAUGGGUAAUAUCACAGAAUUAUACCCUGUAUUUCAUUGAAGAGCUUGUGUAUGAGCAAAUUAGUCUAGUUGGGACGCACUGAUAUAGCUUCACUUCGCUUGAAUGAUUCCGUCUUGAAGCUUGUCAAUAGAGACCCGCCGCAUUAUAUUAUGCUGAAACUUGUUAUGUGAAAACCCUGAAAGAAUACCACAACAUUUGUGUGGAACACAAUAUUGCGCUUCGAAGGCGAAGAGAAGAACAGGAUAUAAAGACGACUAAUAAUUUGCAGCACAAUUAGACGGUGUAGCUUUGGAAAUAAAAAAUUUCAAGCGUGUAAACAUUGCUCAUAAGCGACAAUAGGGGUCCGUUGAAGCUAUCUGUUGUUGUGUCAAUGGGUCCAACACGGGCUGGUCAGUGCUUUAAUAUGGUGUCCUAAUUUAGCAUGCUGACAACUCCGAUACGACAGUCGGUUAGAAACGCGAGCACUGUUCAUGUCAGCGGUAACAGCAGCGAAGUCCCUGUGAGGAACAGAUACCGUAUCACUAAAUGGAACUGGAAAGGCCACAAGAGCCACACAUCCACAGAAACGGGUCAGAUCCUCUCAGUUCCCUGAGCGGUUAUCCGUGCUGACUAGCAGCCAGUGACUUUUAUUGGAAACCACUGGGGCUUCAUAUCAUAUCUUCAUCAUAGGAUUUCAGGGAAGGGAUAACCUGUCUAUAAUGGUGAAGGUUUCCAGAUCUGUUGUGGUUUGCAGGAUAAGACACUUUUGGUUAAAACAAAGAAGAAAAAAGGACAAAAAAAAUUUGUGCAUUUGUCAUUUCUGCCAAAACAUAUAGCGAGCAGUUCAGUGUAGGGCUUUGAUAUUCUUUUUUUUUUAAGUGU